AUGGACAGGGACCUGAGUGAAGAUGACAGUAAGUACAAGCCGGUGAUGGGGGGUGUGGUUGACCUCAGCUUUGAGGCUGAGAGUCCUCUGGCACCCCCCGCUGAGCUUCUGGAGAGACUGCCCAGCUAUGACUGGCUUCUUCAAGGGGGUGGACAGCAGAUAUUUUUCCCACCUUUGGAGGCCCCAGGGAGAUCCCAGGAACAAAGGUCCUGGUCCUCUUUCCUGGAACACAGGGUCCCCAUGGUGACUGAGGAGGUGGCUCGUGAAGCCCUCCUCAGCUUCGUGAACUCCAAAUGCUGCUAUGGCAGAGAAGCCGCAGGUGACCUCAUUAUCCAGGAGCUAAAGCAGCAGACCCUCUGCAGGUAUCGACUGGAGACCUUUAGUGAGUCCAGGAUAAGUGAGUGGACAUUUGAACCCUUUACUAAUCACUCGGUAGAUGGACCACACAGAGGGGCCUCUCCCAGACUUUGGGACAUCAAGGUACAGGUACCCCCGAUGUUUCAGGAAGACAUCAAGAAGUUCCAAGUCCCUCACUCUGCAUUGGUCAAGGAAUGCCACAAAUGCCAUGGGCGUGGGCGAUACAAGUGCAGUGGCUGCCACGGGGCAGGCAUGAUGAGGUGCUCAUCCUGCAGUGGGGCCAAGCGCAAAGCCAAGCAGCCGCGGAGGUGCCAGGUGUGCUCGGGCUCAGGUAGGAGGAGGUGCAGCACGUGCUCGGGCAGGGGGAACAAGACCUGUGCCACCUGCAAGGGGGAGAAGAAGCUGCUGCACUUCACCCAGCUUAUCAUUACGUGGAAGAACAGCCUGUUUGAGUUUGUGUCUGAGCACCAGCUGAACUGCCCUGGGGAGCUGCUUGCUAAGGCCAAAGGAGAAAACCUCUUCAAGGACGAGAACGUGGUGGUGUACCCCAUCGUGGACUUUCCCCUGCGGGAGAUCUCUCUGGCCUCGCAGAGGGGCAUCGCUGAGCACAGUGCCAUGCUGGCCUCCCGUGCCCGCAUCCUGCAGCAGAGGCAGACCAUUGAGCUGAUCCCCCUCACAGAAGUUCGUUACUGGUACCAAGGAAAGACUGACGUCUACUACAUCUACGGAACCGACCACAGAGUGUACGUGGUGGACUACCCUGAGCGGUACUGCUGUGGCUGUACCAUCAUCUGACCAUGGCUGCAGCUGUCCCCAGAGCCCAUCAUUCCAGAAGGAACAGCCAAGAUCUUUGAGUUCACUCCUCUUUAGUUGCAUUGAACAAUCCUUUACAAAUCCUGGCAUAUCCUUCCAGAGAAAUUAGCCAUGACUCUUUACUGAGCU